GUGCAUCUCAGCCGGGCCACAGAUACUGAACAAUAUGUCUGCAAAUGAGACCGUUUGCAACAUUACCACCAACUGUUCCACGAAUUGCACAGUGGAUUAUCUUCAGGGUCUGGGUUAUGCAGCUUUGUUUCUUCUGGGUUUCCUGAUAAAUGCUGCUGCUCUGUAUGCCUUCAUUGCCAUACGGCGCUCGUGGACAGACACCCACAUCUAUAUGUUGAACCUGAACAUUGCAGAUUUUUCCCUCAUCCUUUUCCUUAGCUUCAGGAUUUACGAUGGCUUCUCCUGCCUGCCUGUAACUUAUUUUUGUACCUUUCUCAUGUACGUACAUUUUCUUAACAUGUAUGCCAGCAUCUUCACAACAGCAGCCAUCAGUGUCCAACGCUACCUGAUUAUAAGAUUCCCACUGCGUGCCAAAUUGUGGAGACGGAAGAAACAGACAGCUUUUGCAGUGUGUUUGGUCAUUUGGGUUUUUGUGAUAACAGCAUGCAUUAUAGUCCGCAAGGACAACUAUCCUGAAAAACUCUGGACAUGUUUUGAACGAUGUAAAAAUAUUCCACAUCGUACAUGGAGUAUCACAUCAGUGAUAUUUAUAGGUUUUCUCAUCCCACUCCUGAUCGUCGUGUUCUGCUCCACUCGGAUCAUCCGUAUGUUUUUAAAGGGGGCCGACAAGUCAGAGGAGAAGAAAAACAUUGUUGGCAUAGUCACAGCCAACAUGAUUGUGUUUAUCGUCUGUUACACGCCGAUCCAUAUCGCCUUCGUUGCUGACCUCUUUGACGAGCCACAGGAAGACUGGAUAUGCAAAGGCACUACUUUGCACACGUAUUUACUCUGGUCUGAAUGGAUUGCUGGCACAAAUUGCUGUUUUGAUUCCAUCAGCUAUUAUUUUUUAUUGAAAGGCUUUUUUUUCAAAAGCACGUAACUCUUAAGGCAG